AUGACGCUUGACUCAGCAUUACUCACCUACCGACCGACCGAAUCCCUCGUUCUACCAACCGACCGAAAAUUCUUCCCUUUCAAGAUCCCGAAUUCGCAUCACCAGCUCCGCCAUUAUAUUAGCACUGCCGAUCCCGAUAAGAUCCACGUCGCAGUGGGCAGGAUUAUAUUCACCAUCCACAUUUCUACUCGAAAACGCGAGGUGGUAACUAUCCUGCCCUUUGAACCAAAGUGCCUGACGGCUGGGCUUGGGUGGAUUGUCGUUGGCGGCAGCGAAAAUGGCGAUUGUGCUUUUAUCAAACUAGCUGUCUCGGGCGCCGUGCUUUCUCCACGAACUAGGGCCAAUAACAUUGACAUUGAUAUUGACUCACCUCUCCCUCUCUACAUCGACCCUGUCACUCGAAGACGAGCGUCAUCCAAUCACGAAAUAAUAAUUCAUGGAUUUGGGGGAAGCAUCGUCAACUCCGUCACUGUACACCGAUUACCUCCCCGGUGCGACCGAUUCAGCUACGAAGAUAUCGCCGUUGCAAGCAAUAAUGACAGAAGUGUCAGCAUUUAUUCUCUGUCGAAGAAAGAAAAUUUAAAAACCAUCCAUCACACUGUCUGCAUGAACUAUGCUCUUAUAUCUCCAGACUCGAAGGUGCUGGCCGCUGUGGGCGAUUCGAAUCAGGUUUGGUUUUACCGCAUUAUGCCUGUUACGAGUGCCAGGUCCCGUGAUUUUCCGGGGGAAGGCCUGCUUUAUGACUGGGAAUGGCCGUUGAUUAAAAGAAUAGAUUUCAAUUCCGUUUCUGAGACCGAAAAUCAAUGCUGCUUUACAAUUGCUUUUUCGCCCUGCAGUAGUCUAUGCGCUGUUGGUUCGCAAGGGGGGACUAUCACGAUAUUCGAUCUGAAUCGCAUUCGCGACGGAGAUGCCGAUGAGCAAGGAGAAGUAGCAGUUAAAGAAAAACAAAAUGACGGCGAUGACGUAAUUUGUGUCUUUCGAUCUUCCCGGUCUUACCUUGAUGUUGGUGCCGUCCGUUGCAUGACGUUUUCUCCCAGGCCCUGGGACCUUCUUGUGUGGGUUGAAGACCAUGGCCGGGUCGGGAUUGCGGACAUUCGACAAGCGUUUUCUCGGAGGCAGAUUGUAAAGCUGGAUAUCGAAGAAAAGGAUUUAGAACAUGUUCGAACACAUCGUCUCGAUAAAAUGCCAGACGGUGAACCUUCUGGGUCGGAGGAUGAAGAUGAUUCAUUAGACCAUUUGACUUAUGAGCCCGAAAGCCACCCAACUUCUCACAGAAGAAGGCUUAACGGGGAUCAAGAUCUCAAUUCCAUCCGUGAGGAAUUAUUGGCUCAAGAUCUGACUGCGAGAGAAAGACAGAUCAUUGACUUUUUAAACGCCGCUCGGUGGGCUUCCUCGAUUGAAGAAGGACGCCAGCGAACUCCCAGACAUGUUAGCCCAUUGCAAUUAUCUGGAGGCUCCCGUGCUUCCCCAUUUUCUACUUCUCCUCCAGAGAACUCUCAGCCUGCUGAAGACCGAAAUUCUGGUCGUCCUCGUACCCUCGAACCGCGAAGGCGAAGCUCUGUUGUUUUGUCGCACCAAAACCAGUCGCUUUCUUCUUCCCCAGCUCCAUCGGGUCUUGGAUUAAUGCCUCAUCCAACUGUCGCGUUGAGAUGGACUACAUCCCCUUCCCAACUGCCUCCUGGUGAUUCUCCGUUUCAAGCAGCGUCUGGCAAUGCCGGUGAGUCAUCUGCCUCUGCAAUGGACGAAGAAGGAACAAUCUUUAGGUCCCCUUCUGGGGAAAGACUCGCUGAGAUCGCUUUUGGGACCCGUAUCAUCUUUGACCGGCCCCGGCGUACCUCAAACAACAGCAGCGGGCAUCGGCAGCGUAGUUUACGGUCAAGAUCCAUACCUCGUCGCGCCGAGAGAGAUCCGGCUGCGACCGAGGCACAAGCUCGUCAAGACUUGCGCUCAAAUCUGGCGACUGAGCGGUUACGGUUACAGCGACGUGCUGCAAUAGAAGAGAGUCAGAGACUCAGCCAAUGGGACUAUCAGUAUCGUCGGCACGCGGAUUAUAGUCGACGCACACCUCCCCGUCUUAGAACCGAGCUCUCGGGGGCAACGGACCGCGCAGAAAUUGGCGUGGGGACCGCCGGGGUCGGCUGGGGUGCGGAUGGUCGAACAUUGUAUAUCGGCACUGAAGAAGGCAUUUUUGAAUAUAAAAUCAACACUCAAGACCGGAAGACUUUUCCAGGCAUUUCAUGCAGGUAA